ACGUAGCUUUGUGAAUUGCCAUGUGUUUUUGUAUUCUUGCUUAUUUUAACCCCCACGUUUGUUAUUAGAGGUAAGUUAAGUUCUCUAUCUGACCACUUUGCGCCUAAACGAAGACCAGAGGCGCCAGCUAAACAUUUACUGUAAUUUGAAAUGUUUAUAAAUUAGAAAGCGGAGCCCCAAAGAGGGAAAACAAUCCUCAGGCGGUUACCAUAGUAAUGACGCAGUAAAAGAGCAGACGGCACAGUGACCUCCUUAGUGAAGCAUUGACAAUGACGGUACAAAGACCUGUUUCUACUUUUAUCUGUAGAAAACCUUUGCUGUUUUGGAGGCUAAUUUAGAUUCUGGACAUAGUAACUUGAAAUUGCUCGAUGGAGAAAUAUGAAAAACUGGCCAAAAUUGGCGAGGGCUCCUAUGGUGUGGUGUUCAAGUGCAGGCACAGAGAAACGGGCCAGAUAGUUGCCAUCAAGAAGUUUGUGGAGUCUGAAGAGGAUCCCGUCAUCAAAAAGAUUGCACAGCGAGAAACGCGUAUGCUUAAGCAGCUUAAACAUGUGAAUUUGGUCAACCUGUUGGAAGUCUUCAGGAGAAAAAGACGGCUCCAUUUGGUGUUUGAGUUCUGUGAACAGACGGUCCUCAAUGAGCUGGACAAACACCCCCAAGGGGUCCCGGAGGCUCAGCUGAAAAGCAUCGUGUGGCAGACUCUGCAAGCUGUGAACUUCUGUCACAAACACAAUUGCAUCCACCGUGAUGUAAAGCCAGAGAACAUCCUCCUCACUAAAAGCGGCGUCAUCAAGCUGUGUGACUUUGGCUUCGCCCGCAUUCUGACAGGACCAGAGGAUGACUACACAGACUACGUGGCGACCCGCUGGUACCGGGCCCCGGAGCUGCUGGUUGGGGACACUCAGUAUGGACCCCCUGUGGAUGUUUGGGCUGUUGGAUGCGUCUUUGCAGAGCUUCUAAGCGGGAAUCCUCUCUGGCCCGGGAAGUCUGAUGUGGACCAGCUGUAUCUCAUCCGAAAAACUCUCGGUGACUUGAUCCCUCACCACCAACAGAUUUUCCGUUCCAAUGUUUUCUUUUCUGGAGUCAGUAUUCCUGAACCCGACACAACGGAACCGUUGGAAAGGCGAUUCUAUGGAGCGUCUCUCCAAGCUCUCAUGGUCAUGAAGUCCUGCCUGGUGAUGGACCCGUCCCUGCGGCUGUCCUGUGAGGAGCUGCUGGAGCUGCCAUACUUUCAGGAUGAGGGCGGGGCCAACUGGGGCCGUGAAGUGGAGCGCCCUGGGAGAAGACAUGACAAAGCGUCCCGGCGCAGACAAGCUGGGGUCCAGUACUUUCCUCAGUUACCUAACAGUAACGUCUCACCGGCCCCAGAUGUCAAGAAACUAGUAAAACAUAAAUAUCACCUGCCCAACAUUUAAAAUAAAACAUCCACAACUUUAUCUUCAGCCGUUUAUAAACUGGUACUCCGUGUUCCUGUUUUCUGCUGCGUCCUGGCAGGUUCACGUAAAACAUCGUUCUUAUUGUUCUGAGUCUUUUACACUAGAAAAAUGUGACACUUUGUAUUGUUAAUCAAAAACACAUAGAAUAUGAAGCAGUACAGAAUGAUGUGAACUACAUGUUUAACUUGUUGCUGACCUGUUGAAGUCUUGAUUAAGGUUAAAUAAAACCUGCCAUGGCAGCUGAUCCUCUAAGCAAGUUGAUGGAUUUUUAACAAGCCUUCAGCCGCCGGGACAGCGAUCCCCGCCGUCCGACAGACACCGGGGUCACAGCCUGACAGCGUGACGCACGGCUCCACAGGAUCACCUGACCUCAACUUCUCGUCUUACACAUGCAGCUCAUCAGUAUGCUGCUCUGUGUCACUGCCUGUUAAACUGCACUGCAAAAAUAAAAGAAACAUUGUUAGAACACUUGAAAUAAGACAGAACUAACUUUAUAAGUAACUUUUCAGCACUAUGCAAGCCAAUAAUUUCCUUAUUUUGAUGAAAAGGUUCUAGUAGAACACUGGUAGAAUACUCCACUGCACCGUUACCUAGCAACCCCAGCCAAGCCUCGUCACCUAGCAACCAAAUUCUAGUUCUAUUUUCCAGGUUAUUUCACUUAUAGCAUGAGGAAAAUGUCUGGAAAUAAGCUGCCAAUGGAGAACUUUUCAUCUAUAUUAAGGAAUUAUUGACUCAAAACAAGCUCCUAUAUCCUGCUUGAAAGUUGCUUGUAUGAUAGUUUUGUCUUAUUUCAAGUGUAAUAAGAUAUUUGCACCAGAAACCAGAUCAAAAAUAUUGGUAAGAUUUUGUGUUUUUGCAGUGUGCAGGUUUUACUGGGAACAGAUGUUUUGGGGACAUAGAUAUUAUCUGAUUUCAUGUUUUAAUUGUUGCAAUUCUGCAGGAAUAAGUAAUAUCACACUGCACUGCAAAACCAAAAUCUUACCAAGUAUUAUUUGUCUAGUUUCUGGUGCAAAUAUUUGACAGUACACUUGAAAUAAGACAAAACCAACUUACAAGUAGUUUAAUUCCUUAAUAUUGUUGAGAAAGUAGCAGUUUCACUAGCAGAUUGUUUAAAUUAUAACCAAACAUUGUCCCCAUGUUAUAAGUGAAAUGAUCUUUAAGGAAUUAUUGACUUAAAACAAGCUCCUGAAAGCUUACUGAAGACUGGCUUAUAAUUUGGUUUUGCUUUAUUUCAAGUGUAGUAAGAUAUUUGCACUAGAAACCAGAUCAAAAAUAUUGGUAAGAUUUUGUGUUUUUGCAGUGUUAAUCAUAGACUUUGGUCCUGUCUAGAGAACAUAAUGAGACCAGAGAGAGUAAAAUCUAUAUGUAAACUUCUACGUUGGGCUGCUGUUGCCACUGAAUACGUCUCAUAUCGACUUGUUCCCUGUAUUUUACUGCGAUUCUAUAAUUGUUGUUAUUUAUGCAUAUGCUUGUUUGUUGCUAUGGUUUCUCGGUUUUGUUUUUUUCUCUUUCAACAGACUUCUUGUGUUCGCUCUUUUUUUGUCUCCAUUACAAUUGAAAUAAAACCGAAGCAAUUUCUAAUUUUU